AGGAUAAAUGGGGGCGAGAGGGGCCACGACCCCCCCAAGGCAGCGAUGGAGCCGCGCCGGGUCCUUGGGCUCUUCCUCCUCCUCCUCUUCCUCCUGCUCGCGGGCACCGAGGCGGCGGCCCGGGUGCCCCCCGAGUUGUCGCUGGAGCCGAAGUCCCAAGUGUUGGGGGGGGGUCUCACACCCGAGUCAUCCCCCCCCCAACCCCCCCCAGGCUCUGCUGGAGGUGUCACCCCAAAACCAGGAGGGCGACGGGCAGCCCCCCCCGAGCCGCCGCCGCCGGCACAGCUCCCACUUCCCGCUCUGCUCCUUCUGCUGCAACUGCUGCGGGAACCGCGGCUGCGGCUUCUGCUGCCGCACCUGAGCCCCCCCCGGGACCCCCGGCACCGGGGCACCCCCCGAACCCCUAUUUAUUACCCCCCCCCCGCCCGUGGUGGCAAUAAACCCCCCUUUUCUACGGAUCUCUGCUCCCAGUAA